UCGGAUGUCGGGCUGAGAUUCUACAGAAGCCGAAAUGGGCCUAUUCUUGCCCCAUCUGUACUUGCAUGUACCUACACAACGCGCUUCGCCGGGCGCGUAGCCCGCUUCUCCUGCGGCUUUAACAACACUGGCAUGGAAACCCCAUUGCCGCUGCAGUACGAUUUCUUUCACGGGCAGCAAUUUCAACAGUAUAAGUACCAGCACUGCUGCGGCCAGGAGGGCCGGUUUAUCAACCAGAACGACCAGUGCUGCACCUGCAAUAACUGUGAUGCCGGGAAAAGCCAUAUCCUUCUCCGGAAUCCGCCAACCGUAGCCGGAGCUCCGCGAACAUCAUCCGUGUCUUCUUCAAGACAAGGUUGUCAGCUCAGUACCGGGGAGUUCACGCCUUCUAGUCAUGGUAGUUCAUCCAGACAUCACCAUCCCCAUUAUCAGCAGAGCCACAGUCGGCAGCAGGGCAGCCCGAUCAGCAGCCGCGCAGAAAGUAACACAUUUACUGAAACGGCCAUGAGCAGCUGCAGAUAUAACGGCGGCGUGAUGCGGCCGCUCAGCAACUUGAGCUCCUCCCGCAGAAACAUGCACGAGUUUGAUUCGGAGUCGCAGCCCCUGCAGCCGACCUCGACGGCGGACGCGUCGGACGUCGUAGUUUCCAAGCCGGAGCACAACUCAACUACCCUGAUGCCUUAUGCAUCUGGCGAUGGAGCCGGGGGAUGCAGCGGUGGCGGCGGCAAAUCGGGCAAGAAGAAAAACCAGAAUAUCGGGCAGAAGCUCGGCCAUCGGAGAGCUUUAUUCGAGAAGAGAAAGCGGCUCAGCGACUAUGCGCUCAUCUUCGGGAUGUUUGGAAUCGUUGUUAUGGUUAUAGAAACCGAGCUGUCCUGGGGGGCGUAUGGAAAGGAGUCACUAUAUUCUUUAGCUCUGAAAUGCUUGAUAAGCCUUUCUACAAUCAUUCUCCUCGGCUUGAUCAUCAUAUACCACGCAAGGGAGAUCCAGCUGUUUAUGGUGGACAAUGCCGCGGACGACUGGAGGAUAGCCAUGACCUACGAGCGGAUGUUUUUCAUCUGCUUGGAGAUCCUGGUGUGUGCCAUCCACCCCAUACCCGGAAACUACACCUUCACGUGGACGGCACGUCUGGCCUUCUCGUACACCCCAUCUAAGACCGAUGCUGACGUGGACAUCAUCCUGUCCAUCCCCAUGUUCCUGCGGCUGUACCUCAUCGCCCGGGUAAUGCUUCUGCACAGCAAGCUGUUCACCGACGCCUCGUCCAGGAGCAUAGGAGCCCUCAACAAGAUCAACUUCAACACCCGCUUCGUCAUGAAGACGCUCAUGACCAUAUGUCCCGGGACGGUCCUGUUGGUCUUCACCAUCUCGCUGUGGAUCAUCGCCGCGUGGACGGUUCGAGCGUGCGAGAGGUACCAUGACAACAUGGACGUUACCAGCAACUUUCUUGGGGCCAUGUGGCUGAUUUCAAUAACCUUCCUCACCAUCGGGUACGGGGACAUGGUGCCUAAUACCUACUGUGGAAAAGGAGUCUGUCUCCUGACAGGCAUUAUGGGGGCCGGAUGCACUGCACUAGUGGUUGCUGUCGUCGCAAAGAAACUGGAGCUCACCAAAGCCGAGAAACACGUUCACAACUUCAUGAUGGACACCCAGCUAACCAAAAGAGUGAAAAACACAGCUGCAAACGUACUCAGGGAGACAUGGCUGAUCUACAAGAACACCAAGCUGGUGAGGAAGAUGGACCAUGCCCGAGUCAGGAAGCACCAGAGGAAAUUUUUACAAGCCAUCCAUCAAGCUCGAAAGUAAGUCCGUCUGAGAAUUUUCGUCGUCCACAUUUCAACCCAGUAAUGUUGUGUGCAUGCAAGUGAGGAUUUGUCCUUCAAUCUCAACAAAUAUAAUCCUUAGCCACUUCCUCAUUUGAUAAGUAAGUUUCAUACCAUUAUUAUUAGGGGGCUUGCCAGAGAUUGAUUCCAUUCCUCUCUUCAGACUGAUGAAAUUGAUUCGCUCUCAGAAGAGUUAUUUCCCUACCACGCUACACCCAGCAAUAAAUUUAUACGGGGAAAUACUUUAUGGAACCAGGAGAAAACUGGUUAUGUAGUCGUUAAAUUCCACAGGCGCCGCUGUCCUGUGUUUGUAUGUGAGGAAGGCAGCACUAUGGCAGCUAAACAAUUGAUAAUGACUAAAAUGAGAUCUAAAUGCAAACAAUGCAUUUAUUUCCAUUUGGCUCUGCAUUCUCAGGCCGAAUGUUUUAGCCGGUGGACCGACACUUUUAUGCUUAACGUCAUCACAAAGUUGAAGUUGCUUUUUAGGCUUCGGAAGCAGAUUGUAAGAGUUAUUGUUGACAUUGGUGAAAAAAAAAUCAGUCUUGAAACACCAUUUAUACAUUUCGUUUGGAUUUCAGUCAUUAAUUGUUUCGUUCUUUGCCUUUGUUUUUACUGUUCCUGGGAUUCUAAUGAUGAAUGUAUUCUGGCAAGCCUACCUUUUGGCAGCAUGGAAACCUUUCAGAACUCUUUACAAAACAAGUUUUACUGUUCUGAGAAAAAGGCUAUCGAGCUAGCUCUGCUUUUUUUGAAAUUUUUUCAAAAAUAAAUGGUCUGAUUUUUGAGUCAUGUUGGCUAACAAUGAUGUGGUGUUCAUGCGUCCGUCCUCCUGGACGACAAAAUGAAAUUCAUCCUACAAUCCUUACUUUACGAUGAUUUCCAAGGUCCUUAUAUUGGAAAAACUGUGAUCACCCCCCCACUGACCCACCACGUUAUUUUAGUCACACAUGUCUGCCUGUGUUUGAAUGCCUGCAAAUUCCAAUCUUUUGCAUGGAAACAUGAAAAUUACCCUCCUCCCCAUUUACUUUCUAAAGAUUUGCAUUUUCUUUGGUCUGGGCAUUUUUCAGUCCAUUGCAAAAAGAAACUGUGCAGAUAUUUCUCAUGACAAUGAAUAUUUACGCAAUGUCCAUGCCAUCUAAUUAAGAUUUCCACUAUGCAUUUACUCUUUUAAGGGCACGCUAGGCUAUUCCCACAAUGAUUACUCCCUACACUGAAUUAGCGGAAUUAAACCUGUAGCAUUUCAGCUCAUAGGAAGGUGAAGCUUGCAAAUAUUUUGAAGUUGAUGUACUUUGUGUAUCAUAUGUCUGCAAUGAAGACAUGAGAUGCUUCUGCUUUUGGUACAAGUUUUACCUUUUUUUUACAAACAUCUAGACGGAUAUCUGCGGAAUCCAUCAAGACCUAUUAAGACCAUCCGGUAUUAUCAAAUAAACUUAGCUAUGUUAUAUUGUGACUGGGAGUUUUGCAGGAGGGAGGGUGUGAGCCAGGGUUUUUCUGCCGCCUUCCGUGUCAGCGCCACCUACAGACCGCCCAGGCACAUGCAGGAAGCGGGCUGUCGGCAGCGAGAGGCACGCCACUCCCGUGGUUGGCGCUAGCCUUCCCGAGUGGUGGAGUGUCACUCGGCAGCGAGCAAAAGGAAGCGCAACAGCAGAGGUGUGAAUCAGAGACACCCGGGGCGGGGGGGCAUGGCUACGACGUCUCCAAAACUGAUCUCUACUGCCAGAUAUACUAUUUUGCUUGUUGAAAAAGUUUAUAAAUAUCUUAACUUAGUGUAUUGGAUUGGCCAAAAAUAAUAAUAUUUUAAUGGUUAAAUGUUGAGCUAAAUUCUCCAUUGGUGACAAAUAACCUACCUGUUGACUUUAUUUCCCACUGUGGGUAUAGCUUGCAUGUCAUUCACCAAGCCACAUCAAGAAUUAAGGGUUCCUGCAAGCAUUUUUCGACAUGUUCCUUUGCAUGUUUGAAGAGUUUUGAGUGCUUCACGUUUCUGCUAACCAGCCAUGUUUGCUUAAAACGUUGGUGCAAAUGGUCUUGCAUUCAG